GCCAAGACACAACUCAACACGUUGAGCAUUUAAACCAUUGAGUCAUCCUCUUUGACCAAGCACUAAACUAGUCAAAGAGUCACAAAUAUCAUGACUUUAGUUGCAUGCAAUAGGCCAUGGCCCUUACGAUAAAAGGGAAACUCUGCAUUUGGGACUUCAUAAAUCAUUGCAUCAACCUCUUUAGCUAUAUCCACAAUGACUUCUUCAUGUACCAUCCAGUUCUUUGUUUUCUCUAUUACCCUAAUUUUUUCAGUUUCAUACUUAUCAGCAUCACAUGCUCCAAACUCCGAACCACACCCCUAUAAACUUCCCAUUAAGAAAGACCCAGUAACCAAUGUGUUCUACACUUCAGUUGGCAUAGGAAAUCCACGACACAACAUUGAUGUAGCCAUUGAUCUUACAGGAGAAAGCCUCUGGUACGACUGUGCCAUUAACUACAACACAUUAUCCUAUAUUCCUGUCAGUUGUGACUCACAUUCAUGCCCCACCAAAAGCACUAUUCCAUGUGUUACUUGCCAUGGCCCUUUCAAACCGGGUUGCACAAACAACACAUGUGGUACUUACAAUUACAACCCCUUAGCUCAAGUAACUUUUCCAGGGGACUUGGCUCAGGAUUUCAUAUUCAUUUCUCAAAUUCAAGUGUCUGGCAUUCGUUCUGGCUGCACAAAUGCACAUAAAUUCACUAGCAAUCUUGUAGGAGGGUUACCCAAAGGCAGCAAAGGAAUGUUAGGCCUUGCAAGGUCAGAACUUGCAGUGCCAACUCAGCUUGCAUUGCUGAAGAAACUCCCUCUUAAGUUUUCUCUAUGUUUACCUUCUUCUAACAACAUCGGAUUCACUAACUUACUCAUUGGACCUGAGGGACAUGAACAAUCUCAGGAUGUUUCCAAAUAUAUUCAAACCACUCCUCUUGUUGUCAACCACUUUGACACAGGUCCUUUGUUUGAGGAAGGUGCUCCUUCUACAGAAUACUUUAUUGAUGUGAAAUCAAUUAAGAUUGAUGGCAAUGUUGUGAACUUAAAGCCUUCCCUGCUGUCCAUAGAUAGGAAGGGCAAUGGGGGCACAAAAAUUAGCACCAUCACUCGUUUUGCUGAAUUACAAACUUUUGUCUAUAAGCCUUUUGUUAGAGGUUUCCUUAAGAAGGCUGCGGACCGAAGACUAAAGAGAGUGGCAUCAGUGGCACCAUUUGAGGCAUGUUUCGAUUCGAGAAGCAUUGGAAAUUCCUUCACUGGGUUUGUUGUGCCAACUAUUGAUUUGGUGCUACAAGGGGGAGUGCAAUGGACUAUUCAUGGAGCCAAUUCCAUGGUAAUGGUAAAGAAAAAUGUAGCAUGCCUUGCAUUUGUUGAUGGAGGGACAAUGGCAACAAUGUCGUUUUUUAAAGCCUCAAUUGUUCUUGGUGCGCAUCAGUUGGAGGAAAAUCUUUUGGCGUUUGAUGUGGCUUCCUCCAAAUUAAGCUUCAGCUCUUCGCUUUUGCUCCACAAUGUGUCAUGUUCCCACCUUUGAAUGUCAUAGGUUCCGAGUUCUGCAGCAUUACAUUAGUCAUGGUGAAUAAUGAAGUUUGCUUUUAUUCUAUACAGUGUACCCAUUCUUGUUUUAUUGUGCCAUAUUUGUAGUAAACCAAUUUUUUUUAUUGUGUGCCAUAA